GGCCGGCCGGUAAGUUGUCAGAGAGCAUUCGAAAUAGAUUGAAUGGAACUGACGCGCGGCUUGUAACGAACUUUUUCGACGUUUGAAAAAACGAAUAUAAAUUGACGUUGUUGAAAUAUGUUGAUUUGAAAAAAAAAAUUGUGUGGAUUCAAAGUGGUAUAACUGUCUAGUGCGAUAAAUUAUUGAACAACUCGAAUUAAUUGGGAUUGUUGUGGUGUUCAGAUAUUUUGGUGCGUAGUGUUCAGUGUAUUUGAAACGAUGAUGUCGUGGUGAAAUGCUCGUGGGGGAGCAGUCACCGGCGCCGCGGGUGGUGGCCGGCUUGCGGAAGCUGCGGCCUGAACUGACUCCAGGACCUGUGCCGACGCCAGCUGAUCCUACCUUUAGAAUAUCAGGCGUUCUACGGCAAUACUAUAAUGACGACACGGAAUCUUGGGCCUGGGUGCGGGCCGCUGUCCACAACGGGUGCCUAUUGGCAUGGCGCGACGGGACCCUACCCCGGCGAUCAGCGGCACAACUGCCGCUGCGACAUCUUCAUUUGCGGGCCUCGGCGGCCCUCCCUAACGCGUUUCAGCUCUCAAGGCUCCGGGACGACGCUUCAGUCGCCACAUUUCAGACUUGCAACGCGGCGGAAUAUACUCGAUGGGUACGCGCUCUUUGUGUCGAAAUACUGCGCCAGACGCCACUACCACAAGUCCGGUUUCUGGACGUCUUACCCGCUGCGGACACAUGUAAAGAACCAAAGAAUGAAACGUCUCAACUGGAGACACCUUCAUGCCCUCCCAGGCCGCCCCCACGAGCGCGACGGAGAUUAUUGACUUCGCCAGAAACUCUGUUGCCGCGAAGAGAUCACUCACCAGCCGCUACGGAUGAGGGCAUCGUCGUAGAAGACGACGACUACGACUCAUCGUCCGAUCGGAGCUUUGACCUCUCCCUCGACGCCUUGAAAACCACUGACGUGGUUGAUGCGCCCGUACGGAAAGCCGAGGUCAUCAAAUGUGACAGUUGCAGCAAGUUGAACACAAGUACACAACAUCACACGCUGCCGCGCGCAGCGAGAUCUAGUGAAUUAGAGCAAGGUCGACAUCGUUACCUAAAGCACUGGGAGGGGACGGCAGGGGGAGCGGAGCGUGGCCGUUUCGUGAUGGAAGCGGCGAGACGCAAGACUUCAUCGCUCGAGAGUCGGGCUAGGUCUUGCUCGCCGAAUGCCCACGUAGCGGUCGCCCAAUAUGUUCCUGUACGAGAACGGAGAGCAUUAUUUGAGUCUUUAUCGCAAAGUGGAGGCAGUUUAGCUCGGAGCACAGAACAAUUGACUAGGGCCAUCACAGCAACACAAACGACACCGCGACGGGCUGCCUCGCUACACGAUUUACAAGCACCACCGACAAGAUCUGUUAGUGAUUUGCGACAGUUCUUUGAAGCUGUGGCUCGUGGCACGAGCGGCUCGUGCUCGAUUGGUUUACAGAGACAUAGCGCUCCGCCUAAUCCAGUGACCCGCGCAUUCUCUUCACUCACCUGUGCCUGAGAACGAUUGAGCAUAAUGAAAAAUCCACUUGCAAAAACUGGCCUCUGUCGGCUACAUAAAAAGCUGCUCUGAAUACGACAUUACAAUUUUUGUAAUGCGCCGCGGCAAGUACCUUGUACAUAUUGUAGAUAGACUCACGGCGUUGAUCGCCGAAUGUCUCACUAAGUCGUUCGUUUUAAGACUGUUAAAAGUAUUUUAUAAAAGUACCUAAUAUAAAUAAAAUGCAUUAUCUAUUAUUACCC